CCUGUUUGUAAAUUGUUAAUGACAUGAAGAGUAAAUAAAAAUAAUAUAGAUGACUAAAAGAUAAUUUGUCUUAUCAAAACCUAAAUCAAACACCAUCAGCCAGCCAUUUCAAUUCCAUAUUUCCAUCCGCCCGCAACGCAGCCGCCAGCCGCUCUUCUCCCAAACUCCCUGCUGCUGCUCGUCGACGUCGACUUCUGCUGCCGGCCAGCCGCCGCCCUGGAACUCUUUCUUCUUCCUGUUCCUGGCCUCCGACCUCACCAUUCAAUCCCGUCGCUGGCGCGCCGCGCAGCUCCACGCGCAGUUCUCGUCGCCGCGCAGUUCGUCACCCAGAUCCCGUCGCCGGCGCGCGGCCCAGCUCUACGUGCAGUUCCCGUCGCCCAGAUCCCCUCGCCGGCGCGCCACCCAGUUCGUCACCCAGUCCCGUCGCCGCAGUCAUUCUCGUCCCCACCCAGCGACGGCAAAAAAUCGGCGGCCAAAAUUCAACCAGUUUAAGAGAGAAGGCAAAAGAUCUCCUCCAUCAAGGAAGUACUGUUGGUUCUCGAGCAUAAUGGCAAAGGCUUAUUUCAAGUUAUUCUGCAUCAUGGUUUUAACUCUUUUACUUUUUGGUGGUGAGAGUAAUAAUAUUGGAGUGGAAGGUAUCAACUUCAGCGUACCUUGCAAAACUGAUGCUGAUUGCAAGGCCCCACCGGGAGCAUGUGCUUGCAACGUUGAAAUCGGCCACUGUUUCUGCCCACCACCCAAACAAGAGCCGAAUCCAGAGAAUUCCAAGGGCGUCUAUGAAGGCAAUUAAAUCACAUGGAAGAUAGAGUUCAGUAUUAUGCAUGAGCAGAUCUCAAAAUAAUUCAUGUGUAUUCAUGAUCAGGCAAACAAUAAAAUAAAACUUUUGGAGUAGCACUUUCCUUUAAACCAGAUUCAUACCUCUGCUUGCUUCUAUCUCAAUUUUUAUCAUAGAAGUAGUCUCUUCCAAU